AUGCUUGAGCUUCAAGACCUUUCAAGCAAGUUGGAAGCACUGCCUGCGCUAAUGGAGAGCGUUAAGGUAAUCCAGAGGGAGCUCGCUGAAUUAAAAACCAUUCGGCAAGAGGUAUCGGAGAUGAAAUUGUCCUUUGAGUCCUACCAUCGGGAGAUUCAAGCUUUGACCAGCAAAGUGACAGACCUGGAAGAUGAAAUCGAGUCAAUGAAGAAAACCAAGGAAGCUGUGGUUACCUUGCAGGACAGAAUUGCUAAGCUGGAGAGACUGCAGUCUGAGAACGAACAAAGAUCUCGCAUGAAUAACAUUGAGAUAAAGGGAGUACCUAUGUCCAAGGAUGAAGACUUGUUCGCAAUAAUGGCUAAGAUCGGUGAGGCAAUCGAUUUCAAUGUACAAAAAGAGCAAAUUAACUAUAUUGCAAGGGUGCCGACACGUAACGAUAAAGUUAACAAAAACAUUAUUUGCUCUGUGCACAACAGCUACCUUAAAAACGAUUUUAUAACUGCUGCGAAGAAACAUAAGAAAUUACAUGCUGGAGACCUUGGCUUUCAGGGCAGUACCAGAGUGUAUAUCAAUGACCACUUAACACUUGAAAAUAAACUCUUGCUCAAUAAGACCAAAGUGCAAGCGGCUGAACGUGGCUUUGAGCAUGUGUGGGUUAGAGGCUGCAAAAUCCUUGUGCGAAAAAACUCCUCGUCCCCAAAAUACUGCAUCAAAACAGAACAGGAUUUAAAAAAGUUUGUGGGCUAA